ACAUGCUGUUUUUCUGUUCCUAUGUAUUGUGCAUUUUACUUAUUAUAGAUAAAAGUAGUCAUUUCUGGGUCUUAGAAUGUGGGCCAAAGAUAAGUCAGUAGCAUAGGGCUUUUAGAUUGGUAGGUUUUUGAGACAACGUUUCUCUGUUUAGUCCUGUAUCCUGGAACUCAUUAUGUAGAUAUGGCUGGCCACAAACUCACAGAGGUCCUCCUGUCUCUAUUUACCAAGUACUGGAAUUAAAGGUGUGCACUACCAUGCUCAGCCUAGUAGCAUAGAUUUUUAGAACCAAAGGAACUUUUUCUUGUGUAUUUAUUUAUUUAUGGACAUAAAGUAAAAUCUAAUCUCAUUUUUAAGCAAGAAAUAUAAAUUAUUUUAGUGUUCACAAGAACAUAAAGUAUCAGCUUAAGAGCAUCAUUUAUCCAGAAGUGAACAGUUUUGAACCCUGAAUCCUGGGACCUUCUGUCACACUAACUCAAGGACAGUGUAAUAUUUAUCUACAUGACUUUUGGUCAUUAGGUAAUCUAGUAGCAAGGGAUAAACAUUUAUAAAUUUGUUACGGGAACAUUUGUUUGUCUGUUUAUUUAUUGAGAAAGGACUCAACUCUUUAGCCCAGGCUGGCCUGCGAGAACCUCAUGCCUCUGCCUCUCAACUGCUUAGAUUACAGACAUGAGAAACCACACCAAGUUUUAGGAUGUCUUUAACAGUUUCUCUCCUAGAAGUAAAAGCUCUCCACUCUUAGAAUAUGGAGCUACAGACUAGAAAGAUACAAAGCUAUUGGUGUUUGGCCUAGUAAAUCAGGAGACUCCAAAGGAAAAUGUCCAUUUGUCAAGGAUACCAAUUAGAAGCCAUAGUUUAGUUGCUUUCCGAAAAUAUAUGUAAAUUAAGUUCCUAUGUAUCUAACAUUGUAGUUUUCAACAAGAUUUUAGUGUAUAACAUUUCCCUUUUGUGAUUUUAAAAAACUUACACAAUUCAAAACUGUUAGUAUAUGUGUUUUCAUACUUUUACCCCAAGUGGCAAUUGAGUCCUGUCUAGCAAGACAGCAGUCUCACUUCUAAGUCUGAUUGCUUUGUGAUACUUUUAAUUGUGCAAAUACUGGUAAAUUACAUUAAUAUCUUUUAUAACUUUUAUAAUCUUUUAUAUUUUUUAAGUAGCUUGUACUUAAGAACUUAAAAGUAAAAAAAACAAAAACAAAAACAAAAACAAAAACAAAAAAAAAACCUUAAAAGUAGAACUUAAAAAGUGAGUUCCAAGAACAUCCAGAGCUGAAUAAUAGUCUCAAAAAAAGAAAAGAAAAGAAAAAUGAAAGAGAAAAAAGAAAAACACGGGGUUGGGGAUUUAGCUAAGUGGUAGAGCACUUGCCUAGCAAGCGCAAGGCCCUGGGUUCAGUCCCCAGCUCCGAAAAAAAGAAAAAGAAAAACACAAAAAAAUGAUGGAAUUUCUUUGACCUCUUUUAACCCCUUGAUACCAAGGUUUUGACACUGGGUGUUUAAAACAGAUCCAUCAGCAUCAAGCUGUUCUAUAAAACUAAGGUGUUUGGGAGUAGCAAGUCUUACGAAAAUUAAUUUGGUCAAGGAAAUGAAAAACAAAUUUGACUACUCUAACAGAAUUUUUAUUGCAGGUGGUGGUUUUGAGACAGGGUUUCUUUGUGUAUCUCUGGCCUUCCUGGAACUUACUCUGUAGACCAGACUGGCCUUGAAACCAGAGAUCCACCUGCCUCUGCCUCCUAAGCACUGGGAUUAAAGGUGAAAAUUUUGACCAGAGUCCUUUGAGAAGAACAUUCAAAUCCAAAGUUCUGGCCCACUAUCCUCAGAACAUAGAAUGGAACCCUUUUGAUCAAGACGCAGUGAACAUGCUCUGCAUGCCUAAAGGGCUGUCGUUCAGGACACAGGCUGACAAUAAAGACCCUCAGUUCCACUCAUUUAUAAUUACCCGGGAAGAUGGUUCUCGCACCUACGGUUUUGUGCUCACCUUUUAUGAAGAAGUUACAAGUAAGCAGAUCUGCACAGCCAUGCAGACACUGUACCAGAUGCAUAACGCCGAGCAGUACAGCAGUGUGUAUGCUUCAUCCUCCUGCAGUAUGGACUCACUGGCCAGUAGUAUUGAUGAGGGAGAUGCGACCUCCCUUUUGAAACUCCAGCGGUACAACUCUUACGACAUCAACAGAGACACCCUGUAUGUUUCAAAGAGUAUAUGCUUGAUCACACCUCUCCCUUUCAUGCAAGCCUGCAGGAAGUUCCUCCUUCAACUUCACAAGGCAGUCACCUCACAGCAGCCACCACCCUUGCCCCUCGAGAGCUACAUCCAUAAUAUUCUCUAUGAGGUACCCCUGCCACCUCCUGGGAGGUCACUGAAAUUUUAUGGUGUUUAUGAACCUGUCAUCUGCCAGAGGCCUGGGCCCAAUGAACUCCCUCUUUCUGACUACCCUCUUCGAGAGGCCUGUGAACUCCUGGGAUUAGAGAACCUAGUGCAAGUAUUUACCUGCGUUCUUUUGGAGAUGCAGAUCCUUCUCUACUCACAAGAUUAUCAGCGCCUGAUGACUGUGGCAGAAGGCAUUACCACACUCUUGUUCCCUUUUCAGUGGCAGCAUGUUUAUGUACCCAUACUCCCUGCUUCUCUGCUACAUUUUCUUGAUGCCCCUGUCCCUUAUCUGAUGGGUCUUCAGUCAAAAGAAGGAACUGACCGGUCUAAACUAGAACUUCCUCAAGAGGCUAAUUUGUGCUUCGUGGAUAUUGACAACCAUUUUAUUGAGUUGCCUGAAGAAUUUCCACAGUUCCCCAAUAAAGUGGAUUUUAUCCAAGAGCUGUCAGAAGUUCUUCUGCAAUUUGGGAUUCCCCCUGAGGGCAGUCUACAUUGUAGUGAGAGUGCCACCAAACUGAAGAAUAUGGUUCUGAAAGAUUUGGCUAAUGACAAAAAGAAUGGCAACGUCCCCACCAACAACGUCAGCGUGUAUGAGUUACUGAAGGGCAGUGAAACCAUAGCCCGCCUCCAGGCUCUGGCCAAGAGGACCGGAGUGACGGUGGGAAAGAUCGACUUCCCAGCUUCUCUGAGUGAGAAAGAAAAGGAUUUAAAGUUGCAGUGUGAAGAGGCAGACCUGCGGGACUCCCAGCUCAACGUACAGCUGCGCGAAGUCUUCGCCAACCGCUUCACACAGAUGUUUGCGGAUUACGAAGCGUUUGUGAUUCAGACGGCCCAGGACAUGGAGUCCUGGCUGACCAGCCGGGAGCAGAUGCAGAACUUUGACAAAGCUUCUUUCCUCUCUGACCAGCCUGAGCCUUACCUGCCAUUUCUUUCACGCUUCAUUGAAACACAGAUGUUUGCUACCUUUAUUGAUAAUAAAAUCAUGUCUCAGUGGGAAGAGAAAGACCCUCUGCUUCGGGUCUUUGAUUCUCGGAUUGAGAAGAUGAGAUUGUAUAACGUAAGGGCACCCACCCUUCGGACAUCCAUAUAUCAGAAAUGCAGCAGUUUAAAAGAAGCAGCCCAGUCAAUUGAACAACGACUGAUGAAAAUGGACCACACUGCAAUUCACCCACAUCUACUUGAUAUGAAAAUCGGUCAAGGCAAAUAUGAGCAAGGGUUCUUUCCAAAGUUACAGUCUGAUGUCUUGGCGACAGGACCAGCCAAUAACAAUCGCUGGGUGAGUCGAAGUACCACGGCACAGCGCAGGAAAGAGCGCCUUCGCCAGAACGCUGAGCACAUUGGGCUGGACAGUGACCUACGGGAGAAAUACAUGCAAGAGGCACGAAGUUUAGGAAAAAACCUGAGGCAACCAAAGCUGUCAGAUCUCUCACCUGCUGUGAUUGCACAAACCAACUGGAAAUUUGUAGAAGGCUUAUUGAAAGAAUGCAGAAUGAAGACCAAACGCAUGUUGGUAGAGAAGAUGGGACAUGAAGCAGUGGAGCUGGGCCACGGAGAAGCAAACAUCACGGGUUUGGAAGAGAACACCUUGAUCGCCAGCCUCUGUGACCUUCUGGAGAGGAUUUGGAGCCACGGCUUACUGGUCAAGCAGGGAAAGUCUGCCUUGUGGUCACAUUUGAUCCAGUUUCAGGAUCGAGAAGAGAAACAAGAACACCUCACAGACUCCCCAGUUGCCCUUGGACCAGAAAGAAGAAAAUCUGACUCAGGAGUUAUGUUACCGACACUCAGAGUCUCUCUUAUUCAAGACAUGAGACAUGUUCAGAACAUGACUGAGAUCAAGACUGAUGUUGGACGGGCUCGGGCGUGGAUAAGGUUGUCCCUAGAAAAGAAGCUUUUGUCCCAGCAUCUCAAGCAGUUACUCUCUAACCAACCACUAACCAAGAAGCUUUAUAAGCGCUAUGCUUUUCUACGCUGUGAAGAAGAAAGAGAACAGUUUCUUUACCAUCUGCUUUCCCUCAAUGCUGUGGACUACUUCUGCUUUACCAGUGUGUUCACCACUAUCAUGAUUCCUUAUAGAUCAGUGAUCAUUCCAAUUAAAAAGCUGAGCAAUGCAAUCAUUACCUCGAACCCGUGGAUCUGUGUUUCGGGAGAGCUGGGAGACACCGGAGUGAUGCAGAUUCCAAAGAACUUGCUUGAGAUGACUUUUGAGUGCCAGAACCUGGGGAAGCUCACUACAGUUCAGAUUGGCCAUGAUAACUCUGGACUGCUAGCUAAAUGGCUAGUGGAUUGUGUCAUGGUCAGAAAUGAAAUCACAGGACACACAUACAGAUUCCCUUGUGGGCGGUGGCUGGGGAAAGGUGUCGAUGAUGGCAGCCUGGAGAGAAUUCUUAUUGGAGAAUUGAUGACAUCAGCUUCAGAUGAAGACCUGGGAAAGCAGUGUCGGACUCCACCACAGCAGAAAUCUCCCACGACAACCAGGAGACUGAGUAUUACCUCACUAACAGGAAAGCCUGCCAAGCCCAAUGCUGGACAGAUCCAAGAAGGAAUUGGAGAAGCUGUGAACAAUAUUGUGAAGCAUUUUCACAAACCUGAAAAAGAGAGAGGAAGCCUCACAGUGCUGCUGUGCGGAGAAAAUGGCCUGGUUGCUGCCCUGGAACAAGUUUUCCAUCAUGGGUUCAAAUCUGCCCGCAUCUUUCACAAGAAUGUCUUCAUCUGGGACUUCGUAGAGAAAGCAGUGGCUUAUUUUGAGUCCACUGACCAGAUUUUAGACAAUGAAGAUGAUAUGCUCAUUCAGAAACCAUCAUGCAAAACCUUCUGCCACUAUGUGAAUGCUGUCAAUACUGCACCCAGGAACAUUGGAAAGGACGGCAAAUUCCAGAUUCUCGUUUGCCUGGGAACAAGGGAUCACCUGCUCCCACAGUGGAUUCCAUUGCUAGCAGAAUGUCCUGCCAUCACCCGAAUGUAUGAAGAGAAUGCACUCCUUCGAGACCACAUGACUGUCAAUUCCCUUAUCCGCAUUCUGCAGACCAUUCAGGAUUUCACCAUAGUCUUGGAAGGAUCACUAAUCAAAGGAGUGGAUGUGUAAAGCAGUCGACAGAAACUCUUCAUCUACCCCUGGCUCAUGACGCUUCCUCAGUUAUGGGGACCUAUCUGGACCGGUCUGACCAUAGCGCGCACUGCGGGGGCAGUGCACUAGAAGCCCCAGAUUGAACAGUCUCCACUCUGCAGACAAGGCAAAGUGCUGUGUUGUAGUUCAUUUGAACCUGAAAUUUAGUAUAAAAUAGAGUAUUUUCAUGUGUUAGAAGUGUGUAAAUAUGCUAUCUUUAAGAAAUAUUACUCUAAUAAGAUACUUUUCUUAGAUUGAAUAUUCCUGUGACUUAAAAUAAGUAGCUUAAAAAUGUUGGGGGCGGGGAAAGUGGUGCUAGUCAGGAAGAAGCCAGUAAAUGUGUAAAUAGUGCAACCCAGGCAGGCUUCUUUUUCCCUCCAGGUCUCACAGAGGAACCAGAAUGCUUCGUUCUGAAGCAGCCAUCCCUCCUGGAGUCCCAUCCUGUGUGCAGUGAAUGUAUACAGCUUUACAUAAUGUACAGCAGUCCUCGUUGGUCUUUAAGUUAUAAACCAUUUAAUACAUUUGAAUUAUGAGUCAUUUUUCUAGUUUUGGGGAAGUUUUAGUUGGCCCCCAGCAAGGUUUGGUGGCUCACACCUCCAAUCCCAGCACUGGGGAGGCAGGGGCAGGGGCAUCUGAGUUGCAGGCCAGACAGAGCUACACAAGAGAGAGAGAGAGAGAGAGAGAGAGAGAGAGAGAGAGAGAGAGAGAGAGAGAGAACACAAAUACCAGAUCCCAAGAGCUUGGCUAAUUGGAAAGCAAACACAGAAGCCCUGAGAAGCAUGGGCUUAAAACUUCUUUACUUUAGAAAGAUUAACCUGGAGGCUUCAUUGUUGGCGUUUUUUAUUGCUGUUAUUUGACAGAACUUUUGAGAUAAUGAAUUUUAGUAUUAGUCAUAUAGCCACAACUGCAAGAAACAGUGUGACUCAGUUCUAUUAACUCGGCCAUCUAAACUCUGUAACUGGAGUUAAUCUACCAGUCCAUUCUUUGUUAGGUCCCAGCCACUCCCUCGGUCUGCCCCAUCCCCCUCUCAGGAAAUGGAAGGAAUGUGGAAGAAGGAGGGAGGUCUCAGUGUGAUUUGGAAUGCUUUUGUGAAGGUAUUUGUUGACCAUGAUAAUGCAAAUAGCAGAAGCGGUGAGAAAGAACUUAGCCUUUCUGGGUGUUUCAGGGAAAUGUAAAGCAAUGGCCCAGAGAAGUUAAAAGCCACUGCCUCAGACUGAGGAGUGAAUUAGACACAAGAGACAAUUCAGGAAGCCUUUAAGUUAUACCUUUCUAGUUUGGUAGCUUAUUUAUUUUUUAAGUUAAGUAAAUAUGUUAGCAACUACAUAAAUCUUUAUCUUUUUGGUAAGUAAGUUGUGGAACUCUUAAUUAAGCACUGAUACCUUGUUAGUAGCAAAAUUGCCUCAGCAGAGCUCCAGGUUUUAUUCCCUGUUGUAGCUGAAAACCAGAGCCAUGGCCUCUCAGGAUCCGUGUGCAAUCUCAGGGCCCUGGGCUCUUGCCAGCCGUGCUGUUUUUCCUUAUUUACUGGAAGAAGAGACUAAUAGAUCAAGUGCCUCAUGCCCUUUAUCAAAAACUAAGGAAGGGUCUCUGAAGAUACAUUUACAAACCCAUGGAAAGGGCUCAGAAUAUGUCUCUAGAUGACCUGGGUAACCCAGAGGUUUGCUUACCUAAAAUAAAGGUGUUUAUACUAGAAUGAGACUAUUCUAGAGACAGAUCUACUGUGGGAACAUCCAGAAGUUAGAUGCCGUCCUUCCCGGGGUUUUACCGUUGUCUUCCCGUGGUGGACUUUUAAGUCAGUAUUCCACAGUUGGGUCAUUGGUGCAGCCCCUUCCAGACAUUAUUACCCGAUAUCAUUUCUCCUGUUGAAUCUUCAGUCACCUGUACAGAUAUGAAACUCUAUCUCUGUGCUACUUAAUGAGGACUGAAACCUAAGUUAAUUCAUUUUGUUGUUGUUAGUGAAACAGGAUCCCAUUGUGUAUCCCAGGCUGGCCUUGGAACUCCAUUUGUAGACCAGGCUCACCUAUCUAGAACUCACAGAGAUCUACCUCCCUCCACCUCCUGAGUGAGGGGAUUGAUCUGAGUGCCCUGCCCAGCAAACUGCUCUUAAUCUCUUAGGCAUUACAUCGUUGUAAAAGUGGGGCAGAGUUGUGUUCCAGCUUGAGUUUAAAACUGGUACUUAAAAAAAGAAAAGUAGUAGUAGUAGUACCAAAAAAAAAAAAAAAAAAAAAAAAAAAGGCUUGUUCCACGUGAUAUCCUUUGGAUGGACUAGUGAAAUAACUGAUUAAAAACACCAAGCAUUGUCUCAGAGGUAAGCCUUAUGCCUUGGUACAGAAUCUGCUCAGACGGCUGGGCCUCAUGGGAGCUGCUUGACCGACCCACAGCCCAUUCCUUUAAAUUUCCCACUGGUCAUAAAUCUUAGCCUUACAGAAUAAAUUUAAUAUGUAGAAACAUCAUGAGCACUUUAGGGUGUGAUAAAAAAGAAAAAUGUUCCCACUGAAUUUGGGGUUACCUAUUGCAAAUGAUAAAGUAAGACUUUCCAUGUGAUCUAUAACAAACUGAAUCAACAUGAAAAAUACAUCACAGCAGUAGCGGAUUGCUCAAAACAGUUGCAUAUGACCACACAAGCUGUAAGGACUUUUGUAAGGACCGUACAACAAAUACGUUGUUGUACAUCUCUGCUAUUUAAAAAAAAAAAAAAAAUCACCUCAUAGCAAAUGAAAACCAAAACGACUCCUUUUGUGUGUGUGUUAGUGCAAAUAAAUUUAUAGCAAAUACCAGGGACCAAAAUUAAUAUUCUACAUAGUAACUUUAAAUAAGUCAUUUUAAAAUUAAAUUGGCAAGGAGAGAUGGCUCAGCAGUUAAGAGCACUGGCUGCUUUUCCAGAAGAGGGUUCAGUGGCCAGCACCCACACGGUGACUCACAUCCACCAGUCGCUACAGUCCAGAGGAUCUGAUGUGCUCUUCUAACUCCCUUGGGCACCCAGCGUAGUAAACUUACAUACAUAUAGGCAAAACGCUCAUAAAAUAAAACUCAUCUUUCUUUUUUUUAAGUUUUAUUAAGUGUGCAGUGGCUGGGGAUGUAGCUCAGUAGUAGAGUGCCUGUGUGGCUUGUACAAAGCCCUGGGUUCUCUCCUCAGCAGGCACAAAUAAAAUUGCCAAAAUUUUUCUUGAGUACCAAACCCUCCAGUCUUAACCUUCAUGUCACCUUUCUGGUAGCCUUACAGUGACUUGCAUAUCACACGUGAAGAGAGCUCCAUGCUUUAGGGGGAAGGUACCCCAAUACCUCACAAUGACUGAGCUUUUCCAUGUGAGGAGAAAUUGUCAGUUGGAAAGCAGACUGCCAGGAACCCCUGACCUGACCCUGUUUCCCUCUGGGCGUGAAAAUUUAAUAGAGGAAACCUAAAAUUUGCAACAGUUCAAUUUCAUCUAAAACUCAUUUUAAAUGUUCGUAUUUAUUGUACUUUUUCUAGCUCUGUGAGAUUUACUUAACAUGGUUUUUAAAAAAUAAUAAUUUUAGUGAACUUCUAUAACACUGUAUGAAUAAUAACCAUUUGCUUCUACUUCCUUUUCUGACAUAAGCACAUGUAUAAAUGUAAUGAAAAACAGAUUAAGACUGUACAUCACACCUGUGUCUAACAUGUGUCAAUAUCUCUAAAAUAGGAGGUAGACAAGGCCAUCAGAUCCCCGGGUAUAUAUUUAACAGCAUUGGUAAUAGAGUUCUUUAUAAUGUGAAAUGUCUUCUAAGAAUAAUGGCUUUUGAAUAGAGUAUUCAUUUAGGAAAUUGUGUUUUCUCUGAAGUUUACAGAAGCUAGUCCACAUUUUCAUGAUGCUGAAAGGACAUUCUGAAGUACAUAUUUCAGUAUUAACACACCUUUAUUGAUUGACAGCAGAGCACUCUACUGCUUUGAUAGAGUAAAUACUAUCUCUAAGCCUCUGUGUCUUUUGUAUGUUUGGUUUUGCUUUUGGUUUUUUUUUGUUUGUUUGUUUGGUUGGUUUUUUUGUUUUUUGUUUUUUUUUCUUCUUCUUCUUCUUCUUCUUUUUCUUCUUUUCUUUUUUCUUUUUUUCGGAGCUGGGGACCAAACCCAGGGCCUUGCGCUUGCUAGGCAAGCGCUCUACCACUGAGCUAAAUCCCCAACCCCUCUUUUGGUUUUUUUUAAAGAGUCUUUUUACAUAGCCCAGGCUGUUCUAGAACUCACUCUAUAGGCCAACCAGGCUGUCCUUGAACUCACAGACAUCCACCUGCCUCUGCCUCCCAAUCAAAGGCAUGCACCACCACACCUGGCAAGCAUCUGUGUCUUUAGGAAUCUUUGUUUCAUAUGUCACUAUUUUUUGCAUUAUCAUUUGAUAUAACUGGGAGACAGAAAAAAAACCAACUUAUGUCCCUUGUUUUUAAAAUAUAUGUACAAACUUGCAUAAUCAAACGAACUGUUAAGCUUUUUAAAGAAGUUUGCUUUUGCAGUGUGAUGAAAGGAAUCCAAGGAAGGGCUGGAGUGGAGCUCAGUGUUAUAUGUGCUUAACACAUACACAAAGCCCUGAGCAACACCCCAGCAAAAGAGAAUAAAUUCAAGGAUGAUUAUAACCCCCCAAGUCUGCUGUCUCUCUCUUUCUCUCAAGGAUAAGAUUAAAAUUGAUUUCAGAAAGACAUAUUGAGGUAUUUAUAUUUAUAUUAGACUGAAGAAAAGUUCAUUAAAUAAACUUCCCCCUCUUUAAAAGAGUUCUGUCAUAUCCUUAGCUAUUUAGGAAGUAGUCAUGCUUGGUCCAAUUACUUGUGGGUUGGAUCCAGUAUGUAUUUUAAACAAAUAUUGACACAGAUAGUAAGGAGUUUCUGUUAUCAGUCUAAUGUAAUCAGUCUAAAACAGAAAAAAAAAUCUCAUGCUACACUUGAGCCACAUAUGAAGAUAGCCUAUGUUUUGUCGUUGUUGUUGUUGGUUUUGUUGUUAUACUAUUUCUGCACUUAAAUUAUACUGUUUUUCUUUGUAUUAUUAACAAUGUAGGUCAGAACUGGAGUUUUCUCCCCUCCCUCGUCUGAACAUGAUACAAAAUCCGAAGAGUAUUGAAACAUUAUGCACUUUAACAUACCAGACAAACUGACAUGGGUUUUCAGGUUUUGGAGUACAUUUAAAUAUGACUUUUCAUGCUUUGUUCUUUACAAAUAAAACCGUGGGGUUGAUA